AGGAUAAAUAUCUAACCUUGCCCUGAUUGCGCGCAUGCUGGUAGGCUCAUAGCCAGUAUAAGACUGGGUGCUGUACUCAAAAUCAGAGUCUGGACCGCCCGGACAGUACACGCAUAUAUUCCCUGUGGUGGCGAUGUGAGGGCAGCGGUGGGGCUUAGACAUGACGGCGACCACGGCGAUCCCCGAGGCCGUACGGACAGGCUUGGCCUUGAGCUUUGGUAGCAAGGCAUCCCGCUCAGACUCAGGCACCGCAGCGAUCAUCUCCACGAGCUUGGGGGCGCGAGAAAGGCCGUACUUGCGGCAGGCGGCAGACUUGAGGGCGUUGAGAUCGACGGUCUCGCCCUUGCGGGAGAGGUCCACCAUGGAGCUGACUAUCUCAGCGAUGGCCCUGACCCGAGCCUCCUCCUCCGUCAGCCCAUGGGCCUGGUAUCCGCCGCGGCCCGGCCGCGGCAGCUUCCUUGGCUCUGCUACGGCUGCAGUCGCCAUGAGAGGUCGUGAAGAGAAGAGGGGAGGAGUGAGGGAGAGAGCUGCAGGGAGGGAGGUGAAGCGAAGAAAGACGGAGGGGCUGCGCGGAUUCUCCAGAAACGCUGCUACCCGGGAGAGUGCACAGAACUUCGACGGAGAGGGUAGUCCGACACCGGCGAGAAAGAGCGAUUGCCAUUCCAUUUGCUCCCCCAUGGCAGCUCCAGAGAGGAGGAAGGAGACGGGAGCUGAAGUACUCGAGAAGGUGGAGGAGGUGAUCUCAGCAAUAAGCGGGGCCAAGCACGUGGACCAAGUCAUCUGCGCUCUCCACUCCAUCACUGUCCUCCUCUUCCCCGUCGACUCCUCUCUUCUAUCAGGUGCCGUCGAUCAAUGCUACAGGGAUCAGAUUCUAAGAGCAGAGGUCCCUUCUGCAGAGAAGAGGGACCACUGGUGGCAGGUCUUCUACCGUGGGGCUGCAUUCCCUGUGCUAGCUAGAGUCCUGCUAUUUGAUGUUGCAUGCAAUUGGUUGGCUUGUUUUCCCUUCACGGCGCAGAGGCACGUGUAUGAUGUUUUCUUUACUAAUGGACUUGCUACCGAGGUUGUUCAGACUUUAAUUCCCAGCCUAAGCCAGAAGAAUGCUGCAAGUCCUGAUGUUAAUGCUGUCCUUUCGAAUAUUGAGAGGUUACUCGCUAUUUUGUUGCUUGAAAAUGAUGGAGUGCUUCGCAUGGCUAAAGAGUUUGAUGAUUCCCAGUGGGAAAGUGUUCCUAAGGAACAACUGAACUCAGUCAUAUCCAGCGUAGCACAGCUGGUGGCAUCUAUCCCCGACAAAGCACAGCCCAAAGCUUCAUCUGCUUUAUCGGCACACAAGUUCUUCAAGCAGAUCAUCAGUCAGCUUCUAUUGGAAGCUGAAGGAAGAGAUAUUGUUGCAUGUGGUGUAGGAAAAAUGUUCAACCGAGCCGAUAUGGACUCUAGCUCGCAUUUUGUUGGAGAGAUAUUUGUUCGCAUAUGUCGCCGUGGAUAUGUAGAUGUCCUGAUGAGUGAAGUAAUUGCCCGGAUACUUCAUCACAUUAGAAGCUUGAUAUCAUCGAGUAGCUCUCCACUUGUACCAGAUGUAGUUAAAUUACACCCUGGAUCUCAGUUUUGGUUGAAGAUGAUGGAGACUAUGAGAGACCCAUAUGCUGUUGAAAAAAUGUUGGAACAGCUUUUGCGUCAUCUAGCGACUGGAUGUGUGAACGAUGUAGAGGCAUACUGGAUUAUAUGGAUAUUGUUCCAUAAGUUGAUUAAAAAUCAAAUAUCAGUCAGAUUUCCUUUUAUGUGGGUGGUCAUUUGCAGGGCAUUAUUUGUAGACAAAUUUCUGCUCUGGAAAAUAUUUCCUGUCUGUUGCCUGCGAUGGAUUUUUCAGUUUGCCAUUUUUGAGUGCCCUCCAGAUGAGGAUUCUCACACUGGAGGAUGUCAUGAGGGGCAGUGUCUCUUAGACACGAUGCAACCGCUGGUAAUGGUAUGGUCUAAGCAGGAGUUUGUGCAGUCAGCUCCAUUGGAACAGCAAGCUUAUGUUACAGCAGCUGUAGGGCUUUUACUGGAGAAGAUGUCUAGAGAGGAAUUAGACGGAUCGAAACAAGUGAUGCCCUCUAUUCUUCAAGGAGUUGGCUGUAGAUUGGAGAGUCCAACUGAUAUAGUCAGAAAAAUGGCUAGCAGUAUUGCUUUGGCAUUUUCAAAAGUUAUUGAUCCAAAAAAUCCCCUAUACCUUGAUGAUAGCCUCAAAGGAGAGACUAUUGACUGGGAGUUUGGGUUUACGGACUCUAUGAAGGGGAAGAUGCCUGCCUCCCAUUCCACAGGUAGGGCAAUUAAUGAUGCAAAGACAACUUCUCUAAUGCCAGCAAAGAUCGCUGGUGAUGGAGCCAGCAUUGGGACGGACAAGAAACCAAAAGACAAAAGCAAGAUAUUGCUGGGACCUAAGAUAAUUAACCCAGAUGAGAUCAUUGAUCCAGCUACACUAGGAUAUGAAACAAGCUCUGAUGAUAACGCUAGUGAUAAUGCAAGUGAGAGCUCCGAUGCAUCCACUGACUCUUCCUUACAGCCGUACGACUUGUCAGAUGAUGACACAGAUUUGAAAAGAAAAAUAUCGCACUUGGUCGAUGUAGUUGGAGCAUUAAGGAAAACUGAUGAUGCUGAUGGGGUGGAGCGAGCUCUUGAAGUUGCAGAGAAACUUGUGCGAGCAUCACCUGAUGAGCUUAAAUACAUGGCUGGAGAUCUUGUGAGGACCUUAAUACAAGUUCGCUGUUCUGACGUUGCUGUAGAAGGAGAGGAAGAUUCAGCAGAAGAGACUAGACAGAAGGCUUUGGUGGCUUUGCUCGUCACAUGUCCAUCAGAGUCCCUUGAGACAGCCCACAAGUUACUGUACUCACCAAAUGUAGAUAUUAGCCAAAGGAUAAUGAUACUCGAUAUCAUGACUGCUGCAGCUGAGGAACUCGCUGAGACCAAGAUUAUGAAACCAAAAUAUAGGCAGAAUCCUCUCAUAUCUGUGACUUCAGAGAGUCAACCUUGGAACUUGCCCAGUAGUGUGGGGCCACCUGGUGCUGGCUUGUGGAAGGAAGUUGCAGGGACUGGAGUUCCACUGAACUUGUUAAAUCAUGGGACUGAAAAUCUCCCGAAUUGGGCAACUCAUUACGAGAGGGAACUCCCCCCAAAAGCAAGUCAGAUUAAGCGAGGGAAGACGCGGAGGUGGAGCACUAGAUCAGGGAAUGUGCAGGGAAACCUGAUGGAAAUAUCUCAGAAUAAAUUUCCUAUAUACGCUGCGGCUUUUAUGCUCCCUGCGAUGCAAGGAUUCGAUAAGAAGACGCAGGGAAUUGACUUGCUUGGAAGGGAUUUUAUUGUCCUCGGCAAGCUCAUUCAUAUGCUUGGAGUUUGCAUGAAAUGCACUGCGUUGCACCCAGAAGCAACUGUACUGGCUCCUGCGCUCUUAGAUAUGUUGAGAUCGAGGGCGGUUUGCCGACACCCUGAAGCGUAUGUGAGAAAAGCCGUCCUUUUCGCAGCUUCAUCUGUACUGAUCGCACUUCCUCCAUCCUAUGUAGCAUCUACCUUAGUUGAAGGUCAAGCUGAAAUCUCUGACGGGCUUGAGUGGGUCAGGAAAUGGGCCCUCCAUGUUGUCGAGUCCGACUCCGACAGAGAAUGCUACACGAUGGCCAUGGCUUGUCUCCAACUCCAUGCAGAGAUGGCCCUUCAAGCUUCCCGAGCAUUGGAGUCCGCAGACAACACAGUUGUUUCAAAAUCUGUUGGUCUCCCCUCUGAUCUUUCCAAAGGAAUCAUUAAAAUCCCAAGACUGGAUGUGAAUUACUGAGCUGGGCGGGCUCGUCAAUGGAAUACUAUCUUUCAUGGAAUAUGUGGGUACUGAUCGGGAGAAUUUAGCAGCUUGUCAUUGCUUAACUAGCUCUAUUCAGUUGUCAAGUGAAGAUAAAUGUACAGCCAAAGCUCUAUUUUCCCCUGUUCCUUUUUACCUACUUGGUGACCAGUCGCACAGUGAGGUCUUCACCUCUCGCAUAGAAUCCGAGAAGCUGUACCUGGUCUAUGAAUUACACCCAUGAGAUCACUCUAAGAUGAUCAUUACCAUUUUUUAUUUCCUCUACAUACGUGAAAUCGACUGUAAGAAGUCAUGUGGUCGACCAUUAAUGUUUCAAGACUUUUUCCAACCGUAGUUAUAUUCACUCAGGAGUACGAAGGAAUUUACAUUGUUAA